UAUACCCUUGCCCCGCGCCAAUUUGACUCAUUACUGAGAGGGAGGAGCAAUUGGGCCGCGUUCUGAAUUCGAGCUCAAUUCUACCAUUGGAAAGCGACCACAGCAUACAAGCCUCGAAUUUACUGCGAAAAACUCGAAACGAACCAAGGCGAUACCGAAGAACCGUCACUCCUCUGCUGGGAAAGCAACAAGCAGCCAGUCCACGCAUCACGAAUCUUCAAUACCUCUAAAAUGGCUUCCUCCACGUCCAUCACCGGGCUCUUCAGCCGGCUCUCCCUCCUCUCACGAAACACCACCACCGCAACCAUGAAGACAGCAACAACAACACCAACCCCACGCCUCUUCUCAACAACCUCCUCCUUCCUUGCCCGCAAGGCCCCUCCCCCAGCAUCCGGCGGCUCUGCCCCCAAAGCCGCCCGCCGCAACCGCCAAGCCCCCAAAUCCGAAAACUUCUUCCGCAUCCGCACGCUGCGCCGCAACAUGUUCUCGCCGGCCCCUCCCCCGCUGCGCAUGGCCCGCCUGCGAUACCUGCGCCACUGGACCAUCCACCGCGCCUGGCAGCUCUUCCGCCGGAAGCAACACGAGGCCAUUGACAAGGAGCGGAGCAGGAUGCACGCGGGCAUGUACAACGCCUGCGAGGAGCUGCGGAAGACGGUUGGGCCUGGGUCCAGGGGCGAGGGGUACCUGUACCGAGUUGCGAUGGAGAAGAAGGGCGUUUAUGGGCUCGAAGGUGUGCCGAUAGAGUAUGCGAGGUUCCAGACGGACAGUCCGGCGAAGGAGGCGUGGAAUCACGAGUGGAAGAGGUAGAGAGUUUUAUAUGAAUUAGCGGGAGAGGAGGGGGGAAAAAAAAGAAACGAGGUAGACACGUUAUGUAUGAAUAUUAAGCAUUGUAUAGUAUUACAACACAUAAGGGUACCGUUGGUGGCAUCUUUGAUAACCUUGAUA